AGUGAGAGAGAAAAACAGAAACAAAGAAAAAGAAUCCUAGGCCCCACAACCACCACCACCACCACCUCCUCUGUUUUCCUUUUCAGUUUUUUCAGCAUACUUUUAAUAUCAUUCAACCAAACAACCCCUCAUUAUAUUAAAAUUCACGUCACUUUCAAUAUAUCUCUGCACACCUCCCCACCACCACCUUUUGUUUUUUAUGCUUCCAAAAACCAAAUAUAUAGUAAUAAUACCCAAAUACCAAAACAAAACGUCUCUUAAAAGCCAUUACAAUACAGAGAGAAAGUGAAAAAACUCUUUAUGAUGGCGAUUCAAGCGCAGUUGUAUUCAGAUAAUUUUGGGUUUUCUUUGGGAGGUUCACAGAAUUGGAUGGACAAUGCUUAUUUCAAUCUUCAACAGCAACAGCAAUUGCUGAAUCUACAACAGAAAACACAAAAUCGGUGUUUUGAAAACAACGGGUUGUUUUCUAAAACCAACAAUCAUCAUCAUCAUCAUCAAUCAAUGAGUUUUUCUCAGAGCAUAGCUGUUCCGGUUCAGAUUGAGAAGGAGAGACAAGAGGUUGAUCGGUUUAUCAGUUUACAGAAUGAGAGAUUGAGAUUGGCUCUGCAAGAGCAGAGAAAUCAACAACUCGCAUUGCUUUUAAGGAAAUGCGAAGCGAAGAGUAGAGUUUUGCUGAAUCAAAAAGAUGAUGAAAUUGCAAAAGCUAUGAACAGAAAAACAGAGCUCGAAGAAUUCUUGAGAAAUAUGGAGAUCGAGAACGAGACAUGGCAGAGGUUGGCCAAAGAAAACGAAGCCAUAGUUGAAUCUCUGAGCAACACAAUCGAACAACUCAGAGAAAAUGCAUGUUUGGCCAAUGGAGCUGACGAUGCAGAGUCUUGCUGUGAUGUGAUUGACAGAGGAGAGAGAGAGGACAAAACAGGGGAAAACAGGGGACUCGAAAAUGAGCAAGAAAAUCAAGAACAGAGAACGAGAAACUUGGUCUGCAAAAGCUGCAAUUCUCGGAAUUCGUGUGUUGUUUUCCUACCUUGUAGGCACCUUUGUUCAUGCAAUGCUUGCCAGCCUUUCUUGGAUUCUUGCCCAGUUUGUGGGAUGGUAAAGAAAGCUAGCAUAGAGGCCCUGCUGUGAUUUUCUAGGAAAGUCAUAUUUUCCCCGGAAAAAGUGAAGAUAAUGAAUUGAUUUUGGUCGGGGCGAGGGUGACUGAACAGAACCCAUUUUUGAUCAUGCAGUUCUACUUUUUUUCUCUUUUACAUUUUCCUUUUUUCUUUGAGGCUCUGCUUUGGGAUUUGAUUUGUACUUUUAAACAACUCCUCCACUAAUCAAUUGAACAGGAUUACAUGACAA